CUUCAUAUAUACUCUUACUUCUUUGAUGCAAUCACAGUAUUUCCAUGAACUUGACCAUUGGAGAAGUACAUCACAAAGACCUCAACCUUCUAGGUCCUUAGAUCGUUCUACACCGAGUCCAACUAUCCAUCCUUCUUCACGAUCACACCAUAACCGUACUCAGUCUGCAACCAGUCCUGAUCAAGAUUUCUCUGAUACCAAAAUGAAACCAUCUUAUUUUGAUAGAAAUGGAGGAGGAUGGCUUGAAUCAAAUCCAGUACAACUUACUUCGUCUAUAUCUUCACCGUCCUUUCCUCAAACGAAUUCAUCAGAUAAUGGACAUACAAAAGAAAUGCUCGGUGCUGUUUCUAAUGAAGAUAUUCUUAAACUUACUCAACUUACAAAUGAAUUACCAGUAUUAUCAAGAAAACAUAACCAUAUUCAGAAAACCCAUAAACAUCACAGAAAUCGAUCAAGUAUGGAGAAUGAUGUUAGACCUGCUGCACCAGAACUUGUACAACCACAACCUCACAAAAGUCAUAUAUCUAAUGAUUCUCGAAUUACUGACACUGGAUUUACUGAUCUACUGAAUCAAGAUUUUAUGAAGCCUUCAACUUCCGAUACCGAAAACUCGGCCUUAUUAACCAUACCAUCCAACAAUCCUUCUACUAUAUCCACUGAUACUGAUGAUAGUCAACUUUCUUGGAAAAAUAAUCAACGAACGAAACAACCUUCAACACAAGCAACUCAUCCUCUCAGCAUUUCUACUUCAACUCCGGAUGUUAUAAUGCCUAUGGAAACCAACAAUAAUAAUAAUAACAAUCGUCGAUCUUGGUAUAAAUCUCUGAUGAAACGUGACAAAAAGGGAAAGAAUAGAUAUGAUGAUCAUCCUUUGAAUCCUACUGGCGAAUCUACACCUGAAACUGAUUAUGAAAUAGAUGAUGAAUCCAAUGAACAUUAUACCUUACAACAUCAACCAACUCUUGUGGACUCCAACUAUGGUUAUAACAACAUUCGAAAUAACACUCAUCCAAUUGUAGAUAAUACAAUGAUACCUUCAAAUCGAAAACGUCCAGUUCAUUCCCAUUUAUCUAUCAAACGAUUACGAUUUCCAUCACGACAUCGACGGUCCUCAUCAGCUUAUCGAAAUGAUCACUCAGUAUAUAAAACCAACAAUAAUCAUAGUGACUCUUAUCAGAAUGAAUUGCAUAGUCGUACAAUGUCAAAUCGAGGUGAUCGGAAACUACGUUUACCAUUUUAUGGAAGGCGACAUUCUUUUGACAAUAUGCGUGAAUAUGUUCAUGUUGACGGUACACCGACUUCCACCACGGAUUCUCGACUCAGUGCUGAUAAACAAGAAAGCCAUCAUAUCAGAACGACGCCAAGCUCUAUCAAUAUGGACCACCAAGACGAUACCCCAGCAGCAUCAGCUUCUAAUUCAUCACCUUUGCUAACACCCUCUGUCACCGUACCUUAUACAAUGUCCCCUUCAUGGCCCAUCACAACCAUACCACCGAUUUCAGCUGUAACUUCGUUACACAACACCUCACCUGCUCAAUCAACACCAGAUACAGACGACAUCACCAGCUCCACUCGUGGUGCCACCCAGUUUCACGAUAUACCUGAUUCACCAAUCCUAAUCGAAAAGGAUAACAACAAUCAUCAGCGAUCUAUGAACGAUAAUAUCUCUCCCAUUCAACAACAAGAUAUCGGACAACAACAACAACAUUCCAAACAGAUUUUUUAUUUUGAUUACCAUUCUUUACCAAAGGAUAGCGAAAAUGGAGAACCAAAAGGUAUCAAAGGAUUGGUGAAGAUGAUGAUUGACAACGGUUAUGGUACACUGAAGGAAAGAAGGAUCAAGCCUGCAAAUGAAGACGAAAAUCAUGAAGAGGAUGAUGAUGACGAUGAUGACAAUGAUGAUGAGGAUAUGGAAACGGACAACGAUGGUGAUGAAGACAACGAUAAGGAUGAUGAUAAUGACAACGCUGGCAAAUCUAGCAAGAAUGAGAGUAGCAGCUCUUUAUCACCUAUAUUAUCAUCAAAAGUGAUUACUGGAGAUAUAUGGAACGACCCUUCAAGUACAAAAUCUAGAACAAGACAAAUAGCUGAAAUUCACGUGGAUACUGAAAAUGAUGUUGGAUUUGUCAAGUUUACUCAACUUCCUGAUGAAACUUCACAUUGCAAAGGUCGUUUGCUGAAUCUCUAUGUCUCUUUUUUAUCAACCAACAAAACUGAUGAUCGAUUUGUCAUGAGUGUCCGUGACAAUGAAGACUUGAGUAAAACAGUCAGUGAUCGAUUACUCUCAUUGGAUCCUUUUAUUGAUGAAGCCAAGGCAUUUUUGAGGGAACGAAAACAACAAUAUCGAGCGUUUGUUCCAAUGGAUGAUUUACAACAACAACAACGUCGCGGAUCAAGAAAGGGUUCAGAUUCAGAUACAAGUGGGGUCCGAUUUACCAAUGGUGAUGCAUCAAGUCGAUCAUCCUCAUCAUCCUCACUUUUGACACCUACGACAACUCAGCAACGACUAGAUAGUACCUCCUCAUCGACAACACCUAUACGUCCAGCCUCGCUUUCAUCAUCUCAUCGUAGUUUAUCAUCCUCUUUACAGUUAUCUCAACAUUCAUUAUGGAAUUAUGUACCUUAUCAGGAAUACAAUGCAUAUGAAUAUCGACAAGAUCAAUUGAAGGUAGCAGUAGCUGAUUUACGUCGCGGUAUGGACGAUAUAAAGCGAUCAUUGGAAAGUACUGAAGGCAUGAUACGUGGUGUACAGAUUGAUAUGAAUGACACCAAAGCAAAGAUGGAUACUUAUUUAAAAGAUGUACCGGAAACCCAUUACUCAGAGUUGAAACGUUUAGAAGUCAGUAUAGAAUCUAUUUUGGCUAAUCGUGCAAAAAGUCGAGGAAUGGAACUUUUAUAUUGGUUGUUGACAGCACUUUUGACAGGUAAAAAAAAAAAAAGAAAAAAGAAAAGAAGAAUUCUCACAGUUAUUGUUUUAGGUUGUGCAUUUUUGAUAUGGGCUGUGAUAUGUAUUUUGAAAUUGGGUCAGACAGCUAUCUCAUUCCCUAGGAAAAUGAUCAAGGCAUUCAAUGAACAUAUGGCGGAACGGAACGAAGUAGUAAAACAGGCUGGUAUGCGUAUUGUGGCCAAAGGGGCAGACCGUCCUCCUUCUUUACCUUCCUCUUCUCGGACAUCCAUGGUUCCCACAUCCUCUUCUUCUUCUUCUAUGAUUGAUAAUACGGUACAUUCUACAAGUAAUCGGCGUAGAUCCUCGUCUUCUCAGCGGAUUUCCGCUCCAAAAUAACUUUAUUAUAUGUGUUAUAUUAUUUUUAUUCUUAUACCUUCUCUUAUAUUCCUUAUUUCUAUAAUAAACUAUUUUGAAUCUAAUGCUUUU